AUGGACCCAAAUCAUGAGGGCUCAGCACUCGGCUCAAGCGUUUCCAAUGAAGCAAACGGAAAUUCCUCUCUUUAUGCUUCAUUAUGGAUCCUCAUUCAACAAGGCUUCACAAGGCUUGUAAUAUCCAUGCAAGCCUCAGAUCCAAAAGUAUAUGGAUGGAAGCAAAAAACAAUAUAUGGACUCUAUUACUUGUACAUAUUCUGGAUUACCAUCUUUCUUCCAACUCUAGGUCGCUACAAUUGGGGAGAAUGGGGAAAUUGGCUUUUUACAGUGGCCAAUUAUCCGAUAACAUUGUCUCUUGAUCUUGUACCGUUUGUUGCCAUUGUUCCGAUUGCUGCAGCUUGCAUCGUUUUGGUGUUGAGCGCCUUGGUGAGCUUUGCGCUUGCGAUCCAUGCAAUUUUUAGGUCAAGCAAACAUUUAGAUCGCAUCAAGAAGACAGCGUCUCUUUUGGGCAAUGUCGUCCACAUACUUAGCAUGAUUGUUACAUUCAUUUUCUCCAGUUUUAUUGACUGCAAGUCAACAGAAUUAGUUUCGAUUGAAGGCUACGACGAGAAGGUCAGCCUGCUUACCAGAUUUGACAAUAUUCCAUGCUCUUCCGAAGGAAACAUUGUACUAAUUGUUUUGGGUGUUAUUGCACUAUUUUCCCUACUCGUUAUUAAUUUCCUUACUGUCAUGAUCAACCAAGAGUCUGAGCAAACAGUUGGUGGAUUCCUUAUUUCAGACAAUGGGUUGACUAUGGCGUUUCUAGCCGUUUUCAAUCCAUUCCAGCUCUAUGUCAUGUAUGUCAUUCCAGAGCCCUAUAUCUAUGUUCGAUCGAUCGUGCAUAUUUUGUUCACAACAAUGCUGAUGGUCCUUGUUUUUUUUUAUCUUCCAUUCUAUAGAAGAGUAGAAAAUUCUUGUAUUCUCGGAUUGUUUGGAGCAAGAAUGGGUGCAGCGAUAGGAGCUCUUGUUACAUCAUUAGUGAAUACUGGUAGAAUGCCCGACUUAGGUAUCGGUUUAGCUGGAAUGACAAUUGGGCUAAUGGUGCUUGGAGCUCUUUUUUUCUUUUCAGCAUUGGAAAUUUAUAGCCGAGUGAUUUACAACAGGGUUAGAGGCCGUUUCAUGGUCAGUAUAAAGAGAGCAGAGGCACUUUCCUCAAUUCUGAGAAGGAGUGAAGGUUUGCAGGAAAAUGAAAAGCUUCCUUUGAAAAUGCUCGAAAAAGAAGCUUCUUUAGUAUAUCAAGAAUUUGAAGAGGAUGGUCGUUUGCGUCAUCUGAACAUGUUUAUGAAGUUUUCAAUGAAAUCCACCAACAAGACAGAGUCUGAGCAAAUUACAGAUGUGGAAAUUGCCUUGAGUUUAAUUAAGGGUGCUUCACUGCAAAAGAGUUUUAGUGAUGCCCGUUUAUUACUCACAUGUAGUUUAAUUGUUGCAUAUUAUUGGAAGAACGAAGUGAACAGUCAGGUGUUUGCAACAAGCUUGUUGAAAAAGGCAAUCAAGGCAAAGCCAAACUUUAUUUACAAGUUUUUAAUUGCUGAAAGAGAAAAAGAGUUUGAAAUGAUAGACAACUCCCAUUCAUUUGAGCUCAAGUUCUUUUUGGAGAGAAUGGACAAGAAUCAAACUGAACUUUUUGCCUUACAUCGCUCUUUUUGGAAGGAAAUGACAAACGAUGUUCUCAACUUGGACAAGAUUGAACAAACGAACAGAAGAGCUUCAGAAUUGAUGUCCGAAUGCGAAAGUACUUUCAACAAUUUAAUGGCUAAACACAGAAACAACAAGACGGUCCUUCGAUACUAUGCAUCCUACGUAGAAAAGUUUAAAUUCAACAAGGAUUUGUCACAAGAACUCUAUCAAGAAGCAAUGGCUAUUGAGGACGAAGAAGCCAAAUGGAAGACUCGACCUAACAAGAAGGGAGGAGGAAAAAAGAACAGAGUUGUUCCAAACUUCUCAAUGAAUUUUGAGGAAGCACCACCACCUCCUUCAACAAAAUUUGCAGAAUCCAACAUCAAAAGUUUUUCAUUUGGAAAUCAUCGAAAGAGUGCUGUGGGUGGAUCAACUGAUUUCAAUGAUAAUUUUGAUGACUUGGAGAAUGAUAAUUUUGAGAGGCAAUCUGAGAUGGAUCUUGGAUCUCAAAGACUAGAUGGAGUCGAAAAUAAUCCUCAACUCAAGAGGGAGAGUGUUUUACGAUCGUCAUUGGCGACACCUCAGCAGCAUUCCUUCCAGCUAUUCACCUUCUUUGUUUUUACCAUUGUUUCAUUCCUAAUUGUUGCUGCGGGUAUAAUUUGGAACUCUAUAAUUUCGAAGCUUGUUCUCACAGAUAUUCAAGCUGUCCAGAGCGCAUGUAAACCUCGAAUGAUACCUUUAUAUGCCUUGAAAGACUUACGUAUUCUUCAAACUUUUGACUACCUUUAUGGCUCAAAUAUGAACGUUGAAGAAAGAAACCGCUUUCUCAAUCAAAGCGGUUACAAUUCUGUCACAGAUUUUGUUGUAACCCAUCAGAAUCGUUUAGGAGAUGCCAUAUCAUUUAUUAAUAAGGUCAGAGUAAUGGGUCAGGCUGGCCUGUUCACAGCUGAAAUGUAUAGUGACUACACAAGUGAAACCAGGGAAAUUAUUGUUCCGUUUGUGAGCACACCCAAUACAAUUGGAAUAUACAAUGAAUCCUAUUCCGCGUCAGUGUCAAUAUCCGAGAUUGUGUAUUCCAUGAUGAAGCAUAUUACGUACUUUCAGAAUCUUGACCUCUCCCAAUAUUCCAAGACAUUGUCAUCAUAUCCUUUCAUGUAUCUAUGGUUGAACCAAGAUAGUCUUGAAAAAGCAUUUGACAAUUUCUGUUUGAGCUUUAUUCAGAGAACUCAAGACAAGUCCGAGUUGUUAUCGAAUAGCUUUUUCUUGUUCUUUGUCAUUUCCAAUUCCAUCUAUGCAUUCCUAUCCCUUGUUUUUAUCAUUUAUAUUUCAGUCAAUUUUUCAAACUUGAAAACCUAUGUAAGACUUCUUGAGAAGAACGUUCCUAAAGACGUAGUAGGUAAAAUUUAUCACAACCUAGGAAAGCAAGCAGAAGACGAAACUUCGAUUCACUUGCCUAAGAGCAUUUUAAAGCCCUAUAUGAGCGCUGCUAUAUUAGGCGUUGUAGUGAUUUGUAUUACCGUACUCUGUUGUGGAAUGUUUUAUAUGGAGUCAUCGUAUAAUGCUAGUUCUACGUUCAGGACCAUGCAGAAUAUUAGAGAUGCAACUUCAGCUCUGUCUGCAAUUCAGAGAAUUGGAUUUAAUGUUGGAGAAAUGUACACAUACAUCAUGUUAAACCAAUCGUCCAUUAACGACCCAAGACUUUCUAAAGGUAGAAAGAUUUCAGAUCUCAACACAAAUUUGGCAUCUUUAAAAUCAAAUUUAGUUGUUAGUUGGAAUAGUUUGGUGUAUGGAAAAAUUUCGGAUAAUAAGAAAUCUAGCGUUGGUAUCUCUCCAAAGAUUGACAGCUUUAUUCAGGACGUUGCAAAUUGUACAAGCAACAACGGCACCUCUACGAUAGCUUGCAUUGGUCUUGAGCACUUGAUUGAACUGUUCUCUCAAGAUUCUUCCCAGAAUUCUGCUGACAUCUUUUCUGCAAAAGAAGAUUUACAUAGACUCUUCUUGGAACAUGUUAGUACAUAUGUUUUGGGACAUGGUAUCACUCAAAAGUUACUACUUUUCUUAGAUGCCAUGGUGGCUGUUUUUUCUGUGUCUUCUGUGGCAUAUGUAAUUUCCUUUUCCAUUGUGGGAUGCCUCUUGCUACUAGCUUGUUGCCUUGGUCUUUAUAGUAUAUUUAACGCUCAUUGGAAUAACAUCUUCCAUGUGAGAAUGAUGUUCAAUUACAUUCCACUUGAUCUUAUGGACUCCGAAGAGUCAAUGCGAAACUUUAUCAUGUAUCACACCGUUCCUUCAAGAAUAUUUACAAAGAAGCGAGAAUCAAAAGAAAAUGCAAAGAAUGAUGACUCCAAAGUGAGAAAUAUUUUGAACGCUGCUGUUGACGGAGCUGUACUAUGUAGCCAUCGUGGUGAUAUUGAAAUAUUUAACCCUGCUGCACAAAGAAUGUUCGGUUGUAAGCAGAGUGAUUUUGUUGGUUUACCAUUAUUCCACCUAUUCGAUGCAAGUAAUCGCGAUAAGUUGAAUAAGGUUAUUGAAGACAUCAUUAAGGCAACUAAGGAUACCUCAACGGACGCUCAAGGUGAGACGAUUGAAGUGGAGUGUAUUCGAAAGAACAAUACCAAAUUUCCUGCCAAAGUUAACUUGUUCUCGACCCUUUUUGAUAACAAGCCAGUGGUGACAUGCUUCAUCAAGGAUAUUACUUCAGAAAAGAAACAGAAUGCCUUACUUGCAGAAGAAAAGAAGAAAUCAGAAAAUCUCUUACGUUCCAUUUUACCUGAAGCUGUUGCCAAUAGGCUUAAGGCUGGUGAGACAUUUAUUGCAGAAAAGUUCAACGAUAUCACAUGCUUCUUUAGUGACAUGGUUGGCUUCACAUCUAUUAGCAGUGGCUUGAAUCCAACUGAGCUGGUUAUGAUGUUGAAUACAGUUGUGAAUGGAUUUGAUUCUUUGACCGACAAGUAUCAACUGGAGAAGAUCAAGACCAUUGGAGACGCCUAUUUUUGUGUUGGAGGAAUUGGUAACACUCAAUCAGACCAUCCUGAGAGAACGUUAAAAUUUGCCAUCGAUAUUUUCCAUGUUUUGAGAGCUUACAAUUUGGAAAAUAGAAAAGAGUUUGGCCAUCAAAUUAACAUUCGAGUUGGAAUUAAUACUGGUGGAGUUGUAGCAGGUGUUAUCGGUACAAAGAAGUUUGCAUAUGACCUUUGGGGUGACACCAUUAACAUGGCUUCCCGAAUGGAAUCAACAUCCUUGGCUGGAAGAAUUCAGAUAUCGAGAUCAACCUAUGAAAGAGUUUAUGAUCUUGGUUUUGAAUUUGAAGAGAGAAGUGUAGAAGUGAAAGGAAAAGGUAAUUGCAACACCUACUUGCUUAAAGCCCACCAUCAUGUGAGUGCCUUAGUUACGGAGGAAGAAGCUGCCGCCGUGAGUCGUGUUUCUGCAAGUCAAAAUGCUCCAUCGUCGAACAAUGAUUAUCAGGACUCAAUCGGUUCCAAGGACAGCGAACAAUUAGAGUAUCAACUUAUACAAAAGAGAGACUCUGAGUAA